CUGGGAGGCCGGGCCGGGGUGCGACCGCGAGCUUCUCCAGGCCUUCGGUGGUGGUGUAGGUUCGGUUCCGAGCCUUCGGAGGGCGCUCGGGCCGGGUGGGGGGGGGGCGGGGAGGGACCCGGGCUCGCGGCCCCGCCCCCUUCUACCCCCCUCGGCUGGUGCGGGUCAGCCCGCCCCCCUCUGCCGGCCUGGAGCAGCGUCCCAGCGCACCUCGGCAGCCCCGGCCAGAGCUCUUGCCCGCAGGUGUCGUAGGCGGGGGCCCCCGGUGCAGCCAAGUACGGCCUCAUGGUGGGCUUCGGGGCCAACCGGCGCGGCGGCCGCCUGCCCUCUUUCGUGCUGGUGGUACUCCUCGUGGUCAUCGUCGUCCUCGCCUUCAACUACUGGAGCAUUUCUUCCCGCCACGUUCUGCUCCAGGAGGAGGUGGCCGAGCUGCAGGCCCAGGUCCAGCGCACCGAGGUGGCCCGCGGGCGUCUGGAGAAGCGCAACUCAGAUCUCCUGCUCCUGGUGGACACGCAUAAGAAACAGAUCGACCAGAAGGAGGCCGACAAUGACCGCCUCAGUAGCCGGCUGCAGGCCAAGGAGGGCCUGGGAAAGAGGUGCGAGGAUGACAAGGUUAAACUGCAGAACAACAUAUCAUAUCAGAUGGCAGACAUACAUCAUUUAAAGGAGCAACUUGCUGAGCUUCGCCAGGAGUUUCUUCGACAAGAAGACCAGCUUCAGGACUACAGAAAGAACAGCACUUACCUUGUGAAGAGGUUAGAGUAUGAAAGGGAAAGCCUGACAAUCUUAGUAACCAUCUCUUACGCUUCAAGGGGCAUCCAUGUGCCAAAUUCUUCCUGUUCUGCCAUGUAUCUGAUGCUGGCAUAUGCCAAUAGAAAGCCUGCUCUGCCUCUUACACCUGGGAUAGUGCCCAACUACACAGCAACCCUCACUGCUCUGCAGCAAGAGGCCCACAAGGUUCAAUCAAAUGAUGGAAAAGAAUUGGAUGUGAAUGAUCAUGAAUUACCUAAAAACAUUCCAAAAGUAGAUGAGAAUGCUGCAGAUAAGAAUGAAGAACCCUCAAGCAAUCAUAUUCCACAUGGGAAAGAACAAAUCAAACGAGAUGGUGAUGCAGGAAUGCCUGGAGUGGAAGAGAAUGACCUAGCUAAAGCUGAUGAUCUUCCCACCUCUUUAAGGAAGCCCCCUGUUUUAGUUUCACAACGUGAAAAUCAUCAGACAAUCUCCCAUCUUCCAACUGGACAACCUCUGUCCCCAAAUAUUGCUCCAGAUUCACAUGUAAACCACAAUGGUAAUCCAGGUACUUCAAAACAGAACCCUCCCAAUCCUCCUCAGCAUUUAAAUCCUGGCUCAAACUUGGAGAAUGAACCCAGAAUUCAAGCAGAUAUACUAAAGCAAGCCACCAAGGAGAGAGUUGGUGAUUUCCACAAACUGAAGCAAAGCCGGUUCUUUGAUGAAAAUGAAUCCCCUGUUGAUCCGCAGCAUGGCUCUAAACUGGCGGAUUAUAAUGGGGAUGAUGGUAACGUAGGUGAGUAUGAGGCAGACAAGCAGGCUGAGCUGGCUUACAAUGAGGAAGAAGAUGGUGAUGGUGGAGAGGAAGACGUCCAAGAUGAUGAAGAGCGAGAGCUUCAGAUGGAUCCUGCAGACUACGGAAAGCAGCAUUUCAAUGAUGUCCUUUAAGGCCUAAAGGAAAAUUUCACAAAACCUAAAGUGCUGUAAAAUGGAAUCAUUUCUACUUUGUCAUUUUUUGACUUUUGUUGUAAAGAUCACUUGUAUCAGUUGUAAAGAUACAUUGAGGUAGACUUAAGGAAAAACUAUAAUGAAAGAAUAUACCCAUGUACAUAUGUGAACUUUUUCAUAUUGUAUUAUCAAAGCAGAGACUUUUUUGGUUAUGAUACAAUUGAGCCAAAAAUGGUUAAUCUUUGCAUUUAAAGCAAACUAAUGUAUAUUUCACAUUUUAUUAAACUUAUUUUUUUCCACAAGUAGACAGCAAGAGAACAUUGUUGUACAGGCUGUAUGUUGCACAUAGCAUAACACUGAGAACAGUUGCUCAGCUGAAAAGAUUUUAUACACUAAUAUAUUCUCAUUAGCCUGGCAGGUGUUCUGUCCUGUCUGUCCUUCACUUCAUGCUCCUCAAGGAGCAAUGCUAGAAUAGUUGUGUAAGUGAGGGAAAACUGGAUGCCAAACGUUGUGCAACAUGUACACAAACUCACCUUCCUACUCCUUUUAUUUUAGUUAAGUGCUAAUGUGUUUUGGCAGAUUAGCUUUCAGUUGAGGACUCAUGGAAUUUAAGAUAACCUUCAAAGACAUAAAUAUUUAUGUUUUCCUUACUUAGCUUGAAAUUAUUGAAUGCAUUUUCAGUUUGGUUUUUUUUCCCAUCAUGCCAGUACUGUUUAACUAUAGUCAGCACUGACUAAAGUUAUUUUCACAGUUUGCAUUGGUGAAGAUACUCAUGAUUUAAAUGUCAGGCCCUAAAA